CAAACCCCAGAGUGUCCGGGAGCCCAGGAGCCGGAGAUGGCAGAUGCAGAGGGCUGAUAUGCACAGCUCCGCCCUUCCUGGGAAGGAAAACCAGCUAUGAAAAUGAUGGGCAGCUGGCUCCAGAGGCAAGGCUGCAGUCAGCAAACACUCCCGGCCUUAAAAUGGUGAACCUCAGCAGCACCCCAGCCUGUGAGCUGGACAGGUUCAUAAAGGAUCACCUCCCUGCUGACACCAGCUUCCAUGCUGAGCUCAGAGCAGACAUUGACUUCAUAUGUGCUUUCCUGAAGGAGAGAUGCUUCCAAGGUGCCCCUCACCCUGUGAGGGUCUCCAGGGUUGUGAUGGGCGAACACACCAUGCUUAAGGGCAGGUCAGAGGCCAACCUAGUGGUGUUCCUUAACGAUCUCCCCAGCUUUGAGGAUCAGUUGAAUCUACAGGGGGAGUUCAUUGAGGAAAUUCGGAAACGACUGUGUCAGCUGCAGCAAGAGAAAACGUUACAAGUGAAGCUUGAAGUCCAGAGCUCAGAGCAGCCCAGCUCCAAGUCUCUGAGCUUCAAGCUGAGCUCGCCCCAGCUCCAGCAGGAGGUGGAGUUUGAUGUGCAGCCAGCCUAUGAUAUCCUGUUUGCCCUAAGAAACAACCACAAGCCCGACCCUCAAAUCUACACCAAAACCUACGCCCACCUCAUCAGCGCGUGCACCACUCUGAAGAAGGAGGGCGAGUUCUCCACCUGCUUCAUGGAGCUCCGGCAAAACUUCCUGAAGCAUCGGGAACCCAAGCUGAAGAGCCUCAUCCGUCUGGUCAAGCACUGGUAUCAACUGUGUAAGGAGAAGCUGGGGAAGCCGCUGCCCCCACAGUACGCCCUGGAGCUGCUCACGGUCUAUGCCUGGGAAAGUGGGAGUAGAGACUGUGAAUUCAACACAGCCCAGGGCUUCCGAACUGUCUUGGAACUGGUCACCAAGUAUCAGUGGCUUCGAAUCUACUGGACAUUGUAUUAUGACUUUCAACACCCAGAUGUCUAAUACCUACAUAGACAGCUCAAAAAACCCAGGCCUGUGAUCCUGGACCCCGCUGACCCGACAAGAAAUGUGGCUGGUUCAAACCCCCUCUGCUGGCGGCUGUUGGCAAAAGAAGCUGCUAGCUGGCUGCAGUGCCCAUGCUUUAGGACCUGUGAUAUGUCUCUCGUGCACUCCUGGGAUGUGCUGACGAAGGUCGAGUUUCCACAGGAAUGUGUCCUUCUAUGAGCACCAAAGCACCUGCCCAGGAUGCUCGAGAGUCAGGGGCAUGACCUCUGCUGCAGGCCCUUGACCUAGAGAGGAGAGGAAGCUCCCCAAAACCCCAACGAGGGAGGGUCCAGCC